GGGACCCCCAGGAGCCGCUGGGACCCCCAGGGACCCCCAGGGACCCCCAGGACUCUUCAGGUGCUGUAAGAACCCACAGGGACCCCUGGCAGCUAAAGGGACCCCCGAUAAGGGACCAUAAGGAGCUAUAAGGGACCAUAGCGACAGAUUAAGGUGUGGGGACCCCCGGGACCCAUAACCACCCCAAAGACCCCCACAACCCCCUCCCCAUCGUGCCCCGGCGGGACCCCCAAAGCUGUCAGAUCUUUCCGGGCAGCACCUGUAGGGUCCAGGUGACACCCAGGACAUAAAGGGACCCCAUGGGGUCCCCCGAGCACCCAUAGACCCCCCCCCCUCCGGGCACCCACAGGGCGCCCCCCAAGCACCCAAAAACCCGUAGGGUCCCCCGAGCACCCCAUAAGACCCCCAGCCCCCCAUAGGACCCCCAAGCCUCCCCCAGCGCCAUCGCUGGGGACCGGGGCUGGGGGGGGGAGCACCCCAUGGAGUGGGGCCGGGCAUCCCCCUCCCCAUCCCCCCCGGGGGGGUCGCAUUCCCCCUCACCCCCCCUCUCCCCAUCACCCCCUCUGUCCCCCCUUUUCCCAGAGGGGUCCCGCUCCCCUUUCCUCCCCUCCCCGCGGGGGUCCCGCUCCCCUUCUCCCCCAUCCCCACGGGGGUCCCGCUCCCCAUCCCCUUCCCCAUCCCCGAGCGGCUCCCGCUCCCCUUCUCCCCCAUCCCCUGGAGGGUCCCGCUCCCCCUCCCCACCGGGAGGUUGGGAACCGGCUCGGGCGGCGUUCGGGGAGCUGCGGCUGGAGGAGGUGAUCGGUGCCGGGGGUUUCGGCCGAGUUUUCCGGGGUACCUGGAGGGGACAGGUGGUGGCGGUGAAAGCGGCGCGGGGUGACGCGGGGGCGGCGGGGGCGGCCAGCUUGCGGAGAGAAGCGCGGCUUUACGCCCGCCUCCGCCACCCCAACGUGGUGGCACUGCGAGCGGUGUGCCUGGAGCCCCCUCACCUGUGCCUGGUGAUGGAAUUCGCGGCCGGGGGGCCGCUGUCCAGGGCGCUGGCCGGACGSAGGGUGCCCCCGGCCGUGCUGCUGGACUGGGCUCGCCAAGUGGCUCGGGGGAUGCGGUACCUGCACUCCGGGACCCCCGUGCCCCUCAUCCACCGCGACCUCAAAUCCAGUAAUG